AUGGAUGUAUGUAUGGUAUGUUUCAGUCUAGAUGAAGUAUCUUUAAGUCUGCUGCAUCUAAUUGAUAAACCGAGCAAUGCUUCAAGCACAAUAAGGAUGAAAAGAGUUGUUAAGUAUAGAUUACGAAAAUUGGUUGUGAUUGCUUUGAGCUGGUAUAUUAUAUACAGAUUGGUGUCUAGAGUAUUCCUUCAUCAGGAUGAUGAUGUUAACAGUGGCCAAAAAGUCGUUAGCUUGAGAGAUUCUCUUGAGUUUUCACCAUUUACUUUGAUUAAGAAGAAACAAGAUUAUUUAAAGUCAAAAUAUGGUAAUGACAUCGAUAGGCUUAAUCGAGAGACGUUUAUGGAUAAGUCUACCAAUUUUAUUAAAUUCUAUAACAAUAAGGAUUACUAUUUUGAAAAUGUUGGUGAGAAACUGUUGAUUAAUUACUGGAAUGAAUCUAAUAUCGAAGAAAAAUGUGAAUAUUUAUUUAAUUCGAUAUAUAAAAUUGCACCUAACUGGGAUAACCAUAAGAGCACUACAUUUUAUGGACAUGAUGCUAUCGAUAACGAACUGUUGAGUUUGAUGGUUGAGAAUUUAAGAAUUUACGAUUAUUGCGUUAUGAAGAAUAACGUUAAACCUAAGAAUUUGCAACUAGAAGUGAAUGUGUUACAUGAUAAACUUGUAGGUAUAGACAGUGAUGGCAAUGGGGUAGGAAGUGAUAAAGAUGAUGAUUCGAUUAAAAAGGCUUUCGAUCUUCAAUUGAGGAUGUUUCCCUUUUUAAAUAAUGCAACUUUGGGUGAUUUACGUACAAAUUACUUUUACCCAUCGAUCUUUAAUGUGAAUGAAAAUAAAACAAUGGAACUACCAAGAGAGCUAUUGGACUUCUCUCCACUUGAAUACAAUAUAAACUUCUUUGCAAACUAUAAGAGUAUACUAAAGGACAAAGGGAUCUCGAUGACCAUGAGAUCAGAAGAUCUGAUGAUGUUUAAAAAAAUGAUAAACGUCCUAGAUUUUCAGAAUAAUACUUUACCAAUACAGAUCAUUACUAAAGGAAAUAACGAAUUGACAAAGGAGAAUUUCAUUAAUGAGCUACAGUCAUUUUUGCAAAAUAACAAUUCAACCCAAACAGUUUUCAUUGUAAACGUUGAAACGCUUUUAAACAAACAUUAUGUUGAAAAUAUGUUGAAUUUCUUUUAUAACAAAUGGGUUUCGAUUAUCUUUUCAACUUUUAAAGAAACUAUCUUCCUAGAUGUUGAUUCAAUACCCUUCGUUAACCUUGAUGAGUUCUACUUUCAAGAGAAUAAUAUUAAUAAUGAUUAUAAAAAUUACAAAGAUACAGGGAUGUUAAUGUACAAGGAUAGAAUGUUGAUUAAUGAGUUCACAUUUGGUUAUUGUAUGGAUGCGUUGAAAUUUGUUGAACCGUCAUUACAAGAAUCUCAAUUGAUCAAUUCAAAUAUUCUAUUCAAUUCAACAUCUCCAAAAAUAGAUGAUAUAACUAGCAUCGAGAAUACAAAUGAUAGAGAAAUUUACAAUAUUUAUAAUAAUUUUUUAACAAAAAUAUUUGCUAUCAUAUCGAUAAGUGGACUAGUUGUAAUUAAUAAAGAUAAAAAACUUUUUAGUUUAAUCUUCUCAUUAAUGAUGAAUUUAAAUGGUAAAUUACAAAGAUGUGUUUACGGUGAUAAGGAAUUCUUUUGGCUAGGCCAAUUAUUUGCUGGUGAACGGUUCACUGUAAAUACUCACGAUGGAUCGAUCAUUGGACCAUUGAUGGUGUCAAUUAUAGAUGAUCCAGAACGUAAAUAUGAAUUGUAUCAAAUUUGUUCCACUCAAAUGGCCCAUGGUGACCUCAGAUCAAAAAAUGUUAUUUGGACAAAUGGUGGCUUAAAGACUUGUAAAAUAGAAAAUAGUGCAGAAAAUGAUUUCAAUAGUGAUAGAGAAUACUUUCAAAAUAGGUAUAACGAUGUUGAAACAUUAAAUAAUGUAUAUCAAUCGCCACUUUCAAUCGAUGCUUUGGUUAUACCGGAAACAGAAAUUGAACCAUGGUUACAAUUAAAAGAAUGUUCAAAAUAUGUUUAUUGUGCAUCUGCACGAGUUCCUCCUACUAGCGAAAGUAGUGAUGACAAAGAGGAUGGUAAGGUUGGUGAUAUAAUUAAAUUUGAUGAUAUAACCAAGAAUUACUAUAAUGAUAUUGCAAAGUUAUGGGCUAAGGAGGUAUAG